AUGGCCGAGAAGUACGAUAUCGUUAUUGUCGGCGCAGGACCCGUCGGCCUGCUCCUCUCGACAUGCCUAGCAAGAUGGGGAUACAAGAUCAAGCACAUCGAUAUGCGACCCGAACCGACACCCACCGGCCGAGCUGACGGCAUCCAACCUCGAUCUCUUGACCUUCUGCGGAAUAUGGGUCUCAAGCGAGCCAUCAUGGAGAACGAACCGGCAAAGGUGUACGAAGUUGCUUUCUGGGACCCAGCAAAAGGUGGCAUUUCAAGGACAGGCACUUGGGCGUCGUGUCCAAAGUUCAUUGACGCUCGAUACCCAUUCACAACCCUUCUCCAUCAAGGACUGAUCGAGCGUGUAUUCAUCGCCGACAUUGAGAAGCACAACAACAGAAUACAACGGCCGUGGAGGAUUACAGGCUUCGAGAAUGACGGUCAAGAUGCGGAAUAUCCGGUACAGGUCAGCAUUGCGCAUGUUGAUGGCAAGGAGAAGGAGACGGUGCGAGCCAAGUACUUGUUCAGCGGUGAGGGUGCAAGGAGUUUUGUCAGGGAUCAGCUCAAGAUUGGAAUUACACACAAGGACCCGAUCGCACAUGUAUGGGGUGUUAUGGAUGGUGUGGUCAGGACAGACUUUCCCGAUAUCAAGAUGAAAUGCACAAUCCACUCCGACGAAGGAUCGAUCAUGGUCAUCCCACGCGAGGACAACAUGGUCAGAUUAUACAUUCAAAUCGCAUCCUCGACAGACAAGGAUUGGAAUCCAAGGAAGACUGCAACUGAGAAGGAGGUGCAAGACAAGGCCAAGAAGAUUCUGAAGCCUUACUCCAUCGAAUGGGAUCGUGUGGAGUGGUUCUCAGUCUACCCAAUUGGCCAAGGAAUCGCGAAUCGAUACACUCUGGAUGAGCGAGUGUUCAUGGGAGGAGACGCCUGUCACACCCACUCGCCCAAGGCUGGUCAGGGCAUGAACACUGCUUUUCUCGAUGCUCAGAAUCUCGCGUGGAAGAUUCACCAUGUUGAAUCUGGUUUCGCCGACCGCUCAAUUCUGAAGUCCUACGAGAGCGAACGGAAGUAUGUGGCCGAGAAUCUGCUCAACUUUGACGCGAAAUACGCCAAGCUCUUCUCCCAACGACAACCGAGCGCGGGUGAAGUGCAAGGCGCAAGCAAACAAGCCGGCGAGUCAAGCGACAAAGAAGAGAAUCAGUUCAUCAAGACCUUCAAGGAAUCGUGCGAGUUCACCUCCGGAUACGGCGUUGCAUAUCUUGAGAACGUGUUCAACUGGUCCGACUCGCAUCCUGCACAACAUCUAAACUUUCUCUCCGAGCCACAAGGAACGACAAAGUUGCGGACUGGAAGAAUCCUUACACCCGCGACGGUAACACGAGUAACCGAUGCGAACGUUGUCCAUCUCGAGCAGGAGAUCCCACUGAAUGGAUCAUACCGGAUAUAUCUCUUCGGCGGCAAGCCGUCAGUCACAAAGAAAGCGAUAGCCGACUUUGCAGCAAACUUACGGAAGAAGACCUCAUUCUACUCCGCCUACCAAUGGGACAACCUCGACUCUGUCGACUACCACGAACGCCACAACCCACACUCCCGCUUCUUCACCAUCAACACCAUCUUCAACGCUCACCGACCCGAGAUCGAGAUCCGCGACCUGCUACCGGAGGUCCUCGCGAGAUACACCGACCAUGUAUACGCCGACGAUGUCUGGGACGCGCGUGUACCGAAUGCAAAAGCAGCGGCUCACGCGAAAAUGGGCUUGUCUGAGGAUGAGGGUGGUGUGGUCAUUGUUCGUCCUGAUGGGUAUGUUGGAUGCGUGGUCAAGCUUACCGAGGGCAGUGGGACUGUCGAUGCGCUGAACCAGUAUUUCUCAUCGUUUACCACGAAGCAGGUUGGUGGCGAUCGAGCGCAGUUGUGA